AUGACCAGGGGUGCUUGGAUGUGUCGGCAGUAUGACGACGGAUUAAAAAUCUGGUUGGCAGCACCCCGGGAGAACGAGAAACCGUUCAUCGAUUCGGAGAGGGCUCAGAAAUGGCGACUGUCUCUGGCCUCUCUCUUGUUUUUCACAGUCCUGCUCUCUGAUCACUUGUGGUUCUGCGCCGAGGCCAAGCUGACCCGCGCCCGGGACAAGGAGCAGCAGCAGCAGCAGCAGCAGCAGCGGCAGCAGCGGCAACGGCAGGAGCAGCGGCAGCGGCAGCGGCAGCACGAGCCGUCCUGGCCCGCGCUCCUGGCGAGCAUGGGGGAGCCCUCGCCCGCCGCCCAGGCUCACAGACUCCUCUCCGCCUCCCCGUCCCCCACCCUGCCCCCCUCCCCGGGAGGCGGCGGCGGCGGCAAGGGCGGCCGAGGCACCGACAGCCGGGGCAAGCCUCUUCUUCCAGGAAACUCUGCCAGACCCGCGUGGCGCCUGGAGACUUGUUACCCGCAGGGCGCCUCCUCGGGCCAGUGCUUCACGGUGGAGAGCGCGGACGCCGUGUGCGCCAGGAACUGGAGUCGGGGGGCGGCGGCCCGGGGGGACCAGCGGCAGCAGACCCGGGGCCCGCCGCAGCCAACUCCGCUCUGGAACUUGUCGGAUUUUUACCUUUCGUUUUGUAAUUCCUACACACUUUGGGAGUUGUUCUCCGGGUUGUCCAGUCCCAACACUUUGAACUGUAGUCUGGAUGUGGUGCUCAAGGAGGGCGGUGAGAUGACCACUUGCAGACAGUGCGUCGAGGCUUACCAAGACUACGACCACCACGCUCAGGAGAAAUACGAAGAGUUCGAAAGCGUGCUGCAUAAAUACUUGCAAUCGGAAGAGUACUCGGUGAAAUCGUGUCCUGAGGACUGUAAGAUCGUCUACAAAGCCUGGCUGUGUUCCCAGUACUUUGAAGUCGCGCAGCUGAACUGCAGAAAGACGAUCCCUUGCAAGCAAUACUGUUUGGAGGUUCAGACGCGGUGUCCGUUCAUAUUGCCCGACAAUGACGAGGUCAUCUACGGGGGCCUCUCCAGCUUCAUCUGUACAGGGCUCUACGAAACCUUUCUAACCAAUGAUGAACCAGAAUGCUGUGACGUCAGGAGAGAAGCAAAACCCAAGAGCCCCUCCAAGGGGGCAGUGGACAGAGGCGGCGCCUGCCCCCGGACGUCGCUCUCGGCCUCGUCGGCGCCCAGGCUGGGCCCCAGCAGACUUAGACUGUGCGUCCUCGUGCUGAUGCUUCUCCACACGGUCCUCACGGCCUCAGCGGCGCACAACGCCACGGCCCUGGGCGUCGGGGGCGUCCACGCGCUGGACGAGCGCUCGGCCAGCGAGGAGUAG